CUACGUAAAAACUUAUCUCCCAUUAACCACACGCUGCAACAAAUUAUGGACGUUGCCGAAGAAAUGGAGCGGAAGUUCGCAGCUAGCUUCUUAGAAAAUGAGGAUUAUGGUAGGGAAGGAGACUCGUCAAAACUUGUGAAAGCAAGGGCGGAACUGGCCGCACUGCAAAACAAAUUCGAAAACAUGGGAUUCGUAGCCAGACCCGUUACGUAUGUAGAACAGGUGACAUCGAGGACCACACCAUGUGGAGCGACUGUAAACAGGCAGAUCCCGGUAAUGGCGUCCCCAACCGUAACUCAGCCACCUCCACCGCCACCCACCACCGAGUCACCCGCAAGAACGAAUGAGUCUAUUGCUAUCUUGGAGCUAACUAAAACAUUGGUUAGUCUAAUCCAAGAAAGCAAGAAGGAACAGCGAGAGUACAACGCCCGAUUAGAAGCUAUGAUGCGGAAUAUGCGACCCAUUGCGGUGCGAGCACCAAUGCAGGGAGGCAUGGCUGCUGCACAAGUUGCAGCGGGGCCAGACGGGACAGCGGCAAAUGCCUGUUUUACAUGUCAUCAACCGGGACACUUGGCCCGAGAUUGCCCCCAUCGGGCCAUGCAGCCUCGAGUCGGGGUCGCGCCUGCAGCUGCACCUCUCAUAGCUAACGGCCGAGGACGUGUAGGAGCCGUGAUGGAUGAUCAGGGGGGAAGUAAUGGAAUGAUGAUUUACAGUGAGGAAGCAGCCGAGCUUAUCCCGCUGGAGCAGUAUGUAUCACUAAGAUACCCGGGGCUGGGAAUGAUUGGGACGAUUCGACCGGAACUAGAGUCCAGAGAUGUCACCGAAUGGCGGCCUUCGUCGAGCGAAAUGGAGAUGGGAGGCCCUACCUUUGUUACAGGGGAAAUCGAUGUCCUCGAGGUUACCCGAGCACUGGAUCAUCGAAUCCCUCUCCCAAUCGGCCACCUACUCCCCAUUUCGGAACAGGCAAACGAACGUAUGAUGCAGCAUUGCAAAGCGAACCGGAAGCGAUUCGCCCUUACACGCGCAAAAGAUCAGAAGGCGAAGGCGCCGACUUCGGAGGAAAAGGCGGACGUCGCCCCUGACCCCAUCCGAGUCGGAUUGAUACAGAAAGAUGACCACUUUCUUCGKAUCAAGCCGAUUCCGUGGAAGUCAGCCGAAUGUGAUAUUGAAGUCUGGGGAGUGUCAUAUAGUGCGAUCAUAGAUUCGGGAGCGGCUGUCUUAGCGAUAUCACUCCGAGUAGUCGAGAGAGCGGGUAGGAAGAAUGAUUUGAUUACGCUAACCGAGAAGGACCAACUCUUAUCGGCUGACGAGGAGAAGAUCAAAACAGUAGGACGGAUGACGAAUGUCGCGUUCCGAUUGGAAAAAGUGCACGCUUUAGGAGAUGUCGUGGUGCUGGAUGUGAAUACGUAUGACGUUUUUUUCGGGCUUCCUGCAUUGGAGGCGCUGCGUGCUAAUGUAGACUUCGAACGUCAAUCCGUCAUUCUCCGGAAUACCGGUGGAAAGCCGUAUGUAAUACCCAUGAGACUAACUCUUCGAACGUCGGUUAAGGUAGUACCCCGAAUUUCUUCGGAAACAAUGGGAGCGCUCCGCAUGGUCUCCUGGAGUGCACCUAUGGACGGAGGCCAAUCAUCGAACGACGCGGGGAGCGACGACGAUGACGAUCUAGUCGUUACACGGUUAGUACGGCAGCGGAUUCACUACCCGCCGCCUCACACUAUUGCGCAUACCAUGCAUCUAACCGCACGGAAUGCUCGUAUGAUGAUCAUGGGAGAACCCCUCGUACAUAUUUCGAGGCUGGUUGAUUUCUUGGAACCCCUUCGGACCCUGUACGAAGGCGUAUCUCCCUUUCUUCUUCGGUAUAGUGACAAACGUUCCUUUUGUGAUCUCACUGGCUUACCUCGAUCCCUGCUUCAGCCCACAAAAGAGGUUCAGUUGUUGCGUUUGGGAGCCGAAGCAGGUUCUUUGGAACCCCCUAAGCGCAUCGAGGCAAGAUCUGAUGAACUCGGGAUCAAAAUCUCGCCCAAAAGCGUGGCCUGGCGAGACAUCUGCGACGGGAUAACCCCCGAAGAUCAUACAGCGAUCAGGGAGGAGGAAGCACAGAUGGUGGCCACUGUGUUUUCUUGGAGAUCGGAUCACUCUUUUAUAUCUGCACCACCUGACACUACGCGGCGUAUACACACGAAGCAGGUUAACGUUCGGAUUUUGGAUCAAAUGUAUGAAUUGCAUGUGCCCCAGUAUGUACCUGAUGAGAUCCAUCGGCUGAUCGCUGAUAUUCUAAUAGAAUAUCAAGGGGCGAUUAGCAUGUCCGAUGCCGAUAUUGGGUUAUCUGUGGUCGUUCAUCAUGAGAUUCAGACCGGGAAUCAUUCCCUGAUCCACUGCAAGCCGUAUCGAUACUCGUUGACAGAGCGCAAGACGGCCUUGCAGCGAAUCAGGGAAUUUGAGGCAAACGGAUGGAUUGAGCCUGCCACCGGUCCCUGGUCGUUCCCAGUUGUAUUGGUUCCUAAAAAAAACGGGUCAGUCCGCAUAUGCAUUGAUUAUCGAAAGCUAAAUGAUAUCACGAUUAAAGAUGUGUAUCCCCUUCCCCGGAUUGAUGAUUUGCUUGAUGCGAUCGGGUGUGCUAACUACUUCAGCAAGUUCGACAUUCGGCAUGGGUUUCAUCAUAUCUUGGUGAAGGAAGAAGAUCGGCCCAAGACCGCCUUCGUUUUGUUUGAAGGUACGUGGCAGUGGGUUCGGUGCCCGAUGGGAAUGUGCAAUGCGCCUGCCACAUUUCAGAGGGCGAUGAACGUGACUUUUCAGAAUUUCGUCAAGAAGACACGGCUGACUCAGGGGAUGAUUAACUUCUGCGUUAUUGUGUACAUGGAUGACAUUCUGGUGUACUCGGACACGUUUCACGAACACGCGCAGCACAUCGAAUGGACGUUGGGCUGUCGGAGGCUUCUCACCCAGGAGCUUACGGUCCCGAUUGCGCAGCUGGCUGACGAUCUUGACGUCAGCAUUGUCUCCCAGGUCGACCCGCGCUUGGUGCCCCACGUCGCCUCGCGCACUCUGUCGCCGUAUCUUCUGUGGUCAGCUUGCGUGGAGGGCUUCCCAUCGAGAAUUCUGCCUUUACGGUUGGAUUAUUUGGAUCCACCUGACAUCGUGGAUCCCGCUUUCUACAGACCGCCGUACGAGGACGAAUUGGAGGAGAUAAUCCACGAGGAGCUCGCGGAAGAAAGUUCGGAGGAAGAGGAGGAGAAUCCGAGCGAAGACGAAGGGGAGCCAACACAACAGCGAGAAGGAGAAGAAGACGAACUCCUACAAACGGAGAACGAAGAGGAAGCAGAAGAAGAAGACAGCGAGCAAGGGAGCGGUGACGACAACGACGAGGAGCAUGCCGACGAGGAUCCCCAGCUAGAAAUUGCGCCGGGAUCAGCAACGAUCCAACGCUCGACCCGGAACCACCUCAGCCAGACGACGGCGAUGUGGCCCAGAUGGCUGGGCCGUCCGUCUGAUUGGGAUAAUCUUGGCCAGAAUUGGACCUCUGUUGGGACGCUGGACCGGUUUCCAGCAGACGAAGCUGGGUAAUGGCCCCAGCAUACACCGGCCUCUAGUGGACUUUCAUAUUAUUUUCUUUUUUUGGGGGGGGGGUUCAUAUUAUAAUAAAUGUCCAGUGGCCUA